CACCCUGCCCUGGCUGCUGUCUGAUAACACACAGAGACAGAGGAACAUCACGUCCCAUUUGUCCUCCAACUGCAGGAAUUAUUCACCUUCGUCUGUUUCUUCUUUUCAUUUCAGCACUUUAGUUAAUGCAGCGAUAAAAUGGUCGAUUAAGGCACAACACGUCUGCUGGGACCUCUCAAGUGUUGGAUUUCUGUCUGUUGUCACAAUGCUGUCCAAGAAGGAAAAAAAGCUGAUUAAAGAGAUUUGGGAAAGACUGACUCCAGUGGCAGAAGACAUCGGCUCUGAUGCACUUCUUAGGAUGUUCGCUUCUUAUCCCGGCACAAAGACAUACUUUUCCCAUCUAGACAUCAGUCCUGGCUCCGCCCACCUAUACUCUCAUGGGAAGAAGAUCGUCCUGGCCAUCGCAGAGGGGGCCAAAGACAUCAGCCAGCUCACCGUCACCCUGGCUCCUCUGCAGACACUGCACGCCUACCAGCUUCGGAUAGAUCCCACCAACUUUAAGCUGCUUUCACACUGUAUGCUUGUCACGCUGGCAUGUUACCUGGGCGAAGAGUUCACUCCGGUUGCACACGCAGCAAUUGACAAGUACUUGUCAGCCUUCGCAGCCGUGCUCUCUGAGAAAUACAGAUGAAAUUCAACCGCAAUUUUGGCUCAUAUUUAUGAUGUAUAAAAUAAUGUAUUGGUGUUAUUGUUUUCAGAGGAUUUUGUUAUAAUAAAGAACUGCAGUAAACAUGU